CGCUCGACCACAGACGUCCGCACAGACUGUCCCCCCGCCUCGCUCUCCCUCCCAUCCUCGACAGCCCGGACGACGCGGGAUCGCUGGUGAAAACAUGCCGAAGCUUCCUGGAGGACCGGAUGGGCGCAGUCUACACGCACGAGCCAUAUUGGGCCCUGAGCUCUACGGUCGUCUCUCGGAGACGAAGGUGUUGUUGGUGGGCGCGGGUGGUAUUGGCUGUGAACUCUUGAAGAACAUCGUGCUCACGGGCUUCGGAGACAUCACCCUCCUCGACCUGGACACUAUCGACCUUUCGAACCUCAAUCGCCAGUUUCUCUUCAAGAAGAAGGAUGUCAAACAGAGCAAGGCGCUGGUCGCAGCCAGGACCGCAUCCGCGUUCAACCCGAACGUCAAAAUCACGCCGAUACAUGGCAAUAUCAAAGAGCCGCAGUUUGACGUUGCCUGGUUCCGAGGCUUUGACAUCGUCCUCAACGCGCUGGACAACCUCGAUGCGCGGAGGCACGUAAACAAGAUGUGCAUGGCUGCAAACGUCCCGCUGGUAGAAUCCGGGACUGCCGGAUACCUAGGCCAGGUCCAGCCUAUCGUGAAGGACCGCGCAGAAUGCUUCGAUUGCGUACCGAAACCAACACCCAAAACGUUCCCUGUCUGCACCAUCCGCUCGACGCCCUCCCAACCGAUACACUGUAUAGUAUGGGCGAAGAGUUACCUCAUGCCUCAACUAUUCGGCGAGGACGAGGACUCGGGUGGCGAGCUAGACGACGCCGAGAAGCAGGGCGAGAAUGCGCAGGAAAUCGCCACCCUACGUAAAGAGGCCCAAGCUUUCAAGGCUGUCCGCGCUGCCCUCCGAACGCCGGACGUCGGCAAGGGCCCGAGCGCGGCGAAGAUGGUAUUUGAGAAGGUCUUCCACUCGGACAUCCUCAACCUUCUCUCUAUGGCGGACAUGUGGCGUUCUCGUGCGCCACCGACGCCACUGGACUUUGAAGGCAUCAGGAGCGGGGCGUUCGUGCUGAACAAGAAGACGUACCCGGAGGAUGGUGCUGCCCAGCGCGCACUGAAGGACGUGAAGGUGGACAGUGGAAGUAGCGGCAUGUCGAAUGGUUCGACGCCCAACGGUACGAGCGCGGCCGGCCUGAAAGACCAGCGGGCGUUGUCGCUCAAGGACAACGUGGACCUCUUCGUGUCAAGCACUGAACGGCUGGCUGCACGCCUACGCUCAGGAGAGGACACGAUAUCAUUCGACAAGGAUGAUGACGACGCCCUCGACUUUGUCACGGCCGCCUCCAACCUCCGCUCCAUCGCCUACGGCAUCCCGGGCAAGAGCCGCUGGGAAGUCAAAGAGAUGGCUGGAAACAUCAUCCCCGCCAUCGCCACCACCAACGCCAUCAUCGCGGGGCUCAUCGUCCUGCAAGCCUUCCACCUCCUCCGCAAGUCCUACAACGCUCUGCGCAACGUCCACGUGCAGUUCAAGCCCACUAUGCCGCUCAGCGCCAUCAACAUGACGCCGCCGAACCAGAAUUGUGGCGUCUGCAGGGACACGUACACGGAGGUGCUCUGCGACCUCGCGCGUGUGACGCUCAGGGAGGUCGUGGAGGGUGUCCUGGGCGACGGCGAGGACGCGGGAGGGCUGGGCGAGCGCGAUGUGAGCGUGUAUGAGCACACGCGCAUGCUGAGCGACCCGGAUUGGGACGACAAUUUGGAGCGGACCCUCGAGAGCUUGAACGUCACUCGGGGCAAGUUCUUGUCGAUCGUCGAUGACGAGGGCGAGUUCGCUACAAUUCAGGUUGCGAUUGGUGUACUCCCGCCAAAUCAUCCGGCAGACGGCUCAGCUUUGAUCUUGCCAUCUCCUUUGCCGACACCACCACCAAGAAAGCCUAAGAAAGCUAUGCCCUCGACGCCUCCGCCAACAGGGACAAAGCGUGCUGCGCCAGACGACGACGAGCUCGAGCCUGCGGCCAAGCGGCAGAAGACCAACGGCAUUGCGCCUGUCCCGCCGCCGUUCACUCCAAGCAAAAAGAGGAGGCUGGAAGACGACGGUCUCAUCAUGCUGGAAACUCUGGACGAACCAUUAGAGGACGAUGUCAUCUUGGUUGAUUGAGGUCCGCGCGUAUGAAACAGGACGCUUCGGGUGCCCGUGGUACACUACGACCGUGUUAACUCUGUAUUCUUACUUAUAUCUGCUGUGUCCCUGCUGCUGCUGCUGUUGUUCAAACAU